AUUACUCCCAAGCAAAUAGCCGAAUUCGAACGAAGCCAAGCUGCAAGAAAUGCCAUUUGUCUCUUCGGCCAGCUGUCAGGAGCUCACUGCUUGGACAUGACGCAAGCCAAUUACACUCUUACCAGAGAUUUUUUGUUGCUUCAGAUUUCAAUUGAUAAUGCCAACAGGGCUGGAGCCCUUGCAAACAUGAAAAUGGGAGAACUGAACAGUGCCGUGAAACAUGAUGAUGAAUACGUUGUUCAUGUAAGUGAUCAAAAGACUUUCACCACACACGGUCCAGCGCGAAUAAUACUCAGCCCGAAAUUGUACAGUUGGAUGGCCAUUUUUGUGAGGGAGGCACGAUCGAAGGUUGCUGGCACAACUGCUAAUCCUAACUCAAACGUCUUUUUGACGUGGAAUGGGGAACCGAUGGUAUCGAGUCAAAUAAACAAAGCGAUCAUAUCAGUCUGGAAGAAGGCUCAAGUGGAUGGCAAUCCUAGCUCAACUCUCCUCAGAAAGUCGGCCGUUUCUCGAGUACACACAGCAAGCGAAAGCAAUGAAGCCAGGGGAAAUCUUGCAGACCUGAUGGCCCACAAUCUGCAGACGGCAAACAAAUAUUACCGUCUACAGAAAAAGAGCAAGUCCUCAGUUCAAGCCUCCAAGCAGCUGCGCAGCAUAAUGCGUGAACAGUCAGACCAUCCAGACCAAACAGUACUUCUGUCAGCCCAAGCCCAUCUGCUUCAGAGGCUGUUGUCCCCAAAACCUCGAGAGGUUCAUGGAACGAGGACAAGGAAGCUCUUAUCAAGACAGUUUUCAAGGAUGAAAUUGAGCACAAAACUAUUACUUUAGCUACGGUGAAAACAAAAAUUUCUGAUCAUCCGAAGCUAAGGGAAGAAGACCCAAAACGAGUCUUGGACAAAGUACGCGCUCAAUGGCGUUUCAGUAAGUCCCCUCCAGAACCUCAAUGCCUUCCAUCUGAAGUGGAAACACUAGAGCAACGUGUUGAAAGGGCGUUUCAAGCAGAGAGCGAGACGGCCAGUGAAAUCAUACCUCCAACCAGUGUGUCAGGUAGCGUAAGAAACGUCUUUACAGCAACCGAGCUUGACAGAUUGCAAAAGCUAUUUCGCAACAUGAUAGAAAAAUCUUACCCGAUUUCAAAGCCGCAAAUUAAGAUGAUCCUCGAAAAGGAAGACUGGGGCGUGGAAAUGUUAAAGAAAGUUUCAUUGGACACAAUUGUCAACCGCUUAAAAUAUGAAAGACGUCAAAAUAGGGCUUCCAAGAUGAGCAAGCAGUAA